GUUAUCCUCAUCGCUGCAUGUGGUUGAAGGUCAUCCUCUUACACUGACCCGGAUAUCCUUCAGAUCUGAGAGUGUUGUAAAAACCACAGAUGGAUGCCCUGUGUAAUGGAGCAAAAAAACCUGAGGGCUCUGAUCCCCUCCUGGACCCCCGGCCCCCUCCUGCCAAGCUGGCUCGACUGGAGCAGAACGGAGCAGGACCCUCGGCCCAGGAGAGAAGCAUGCAGGGGAGCCCCGUGGCCAAAAACCCAGGUCUGGCACAGAAGCCCACUACGGUGAGGCCACAGAGCAAGAGCUGGCACAGCAGAGGGAGUCUGCUGCCGGUGUUCUGUGUCGUGGAGCACAAGGAAAGCGCUCUGGAAAGAGAAAGAAGAGAAGAACAUGCAGAGUUUGUGUUGGUUAAGAGAGACCUGCUGUUCAACCAGCUGAUCGAGAUGGCUCUGCUGACGCUUGGCUACUCACACAGUUCUGCUGCACAGGCCAAAGGUCUGAUCCAGGUGGGAAGGUGGAACCCGGUACCUCUGUCCUGUGUAACCGACGCUCCUGAUGCCACUGUGGCUGACAUGCUGCAGGAUGUUCACCAUAUUAUCACCCUCAAAAUACAGCUGCAAAGCUGUCCCAAAUUGGAGGACUUGCCUGCAGAGCAGUGGAGUCACUCUACGGUGAGAAACGCACUAAAGGAGCUCCUUAAGGACAUGAACCAGAGCACCCUGGCCAAGGAAUGCCCACUGUCCCAGAGUAUGAUAUCAUCUAUUGUAAAUAGCACUUACUAUGCAAACGUCUCUGCUGCCAAAUGCCACGAGUUCGGUCGAUGGUACAAGCACUUCAGGAGGACCAAAAGCUACAAAGAGAUUGACAGCUUCUCAGACCAAUCCACACACAUCACCCUCACCCAGCAGCCAAUCACAAGUAGCCCAGCUGAGCAGAGCUCCACCCUCCUGUUCUCUCGUGGAGAUGUAGCAAACAUAUGUGGCCGUUCCCCCCUCGGCCUGCGCCCUCACGGCUUGGUUACCCAACCACUCAGCUCCCAAAUGGUCAACCAGCAGCUGGCGAUGGCCCAGUUUCUCAACCAACAGUACGCUGUCAGCCGCAUGCUGGCUGGACAGGGGCACCCAGCGCCCCCACAGCAGUAUCUCAGCCAUCCACCUGUGGGGAGGGCGCCUGCAAAAGUCUUCUCCAAACCUCCCGAACCCCAAGCCCCACAACAAGCACACUGCGGCCCAGGAGGGGGCCCUGCACCUGUGCCACAAAUCCAGACAUCAGCUGGGUCUUCUGUGGGGCUGACAGACGUGCCGAGUGACAUUUACCACUGUGUGAGGGAGGAGCUGAAGAGAGCGGGCAUCUCUCAGGCCAUCUUUGCUCGGGUCGCCUUCAACAGGACCCAGGGCCUGCUGUCUGAGAUUCUUCGGAAAGAGGAGGAUCCUAAACACGCCUCCCAGUCUCUUCUGGUGAACCUGCGGGCCAUGUACAGCUUCCUGCAGCUGCCUGAAGCCGAGCGGGAGCGAAUAUACCAGGAGGAGAAAGACAGGAGCCUGACUGGGUUCACCCCGAGCUGCAACAACACGCCACCAAGACCCACACAGGCGAGACUGUCCCCAGUUGCAGGAGACAGAGGCGUAAGGACAGACAGUUGUGUUCUCAAUGUGAGCGCUUCCAUCUACGAGGAGAUCCAGCACGAGAUGAAGAGAGCCAAAGUGUCUCAGGCUCUGUUUGCCAAGGUGGCUGCCUCCAAGAGCCAGGGCUGGCUGUGUGAGCUGCUCCGCUGGAAGGAGGAUCCCAGCCCGGAGAACCGGACCCUGUGGGAGAACCUGUGCAUGAUCCGCCGCUUCCUCAGCCUCUCACAGACCGAACGAGACGCCAUCUACGAGCAGGAGAGCAGCAACGCAACGGCCCAGCAGCACUGCAGUGACAGGCUUACACUGCUCAGCAACGAUAACACACUGUACCAACGCAACUCCCCUCUACAGCAACAACAUCACCUUCAACCCCAUCAGCCCCUGCAGCCAGAGGCAGGGCCUCACCUGUCUCCACUGCAACCAUGCGCUGCAUCACCUGCUGAGUCCGAGGCUGGGGGAAACUGGGGUCACAUGAGAGUACGGCUGCAUGGUAGAAGCUGUAGUAAUGGUGAGAGAGCGGACAGUAAGGAGUGUAUUGAAGGAGGGCGGGGAGAGAGGGGCAUUCUGGGAGGGGAAUGGAGUAGUACAGGUGGUGUAAGGGAAAAGGAUACAGACAGCAAGGAGCAGGUGAGGAAUAAAAACAUUGAUGAAGAAGGGGUAAAUGAGAUAAGUGGCGGGGUUAAGGAGAAACUCACCAUUAAAUGGUCUGGACUGAAGGAUGAGGAAAAAGAUGGAGCCGGGAUGUGUUUAGACUCAGAUAAUGAGGAGCAAAACGGGGAUGAAGUCCAAGGCGAGGAAUUAAAAGUAUCCCAAGAAGCGCUGGGAAUCCUGCAGAGCUUCAUCCAGGACGUGGGGCUAAACCCAGACGAGGAGGCGGUCCACACCCUGUCGGCUCAGCUUGGUCUGCCCAAACACACCAUCCGUUUAUUCUUCAACAGCCAGGGCCACGAGCAGCAUCAACAGAGCAACGUGAGCCCAAAACUAAAUCAAGACAAUCUCCCAAACCUCUCACAGACUGAUGAAAAAACAGAGGAGCCAGAGGAGGAAAGUGAUGGAGAGACUGAAAAACAAGAGGAGAAUCAAACAUGUAGAGAAGUAACUGUUUUAAAAGAAUCAGAUGUCGGGACUCAAACUGCUCCUUCUGUGAAGGAAGAGCAGGAGAGCUACAUCUAAAGACUUUAAGUUGACUUGUACAUGUUUAUACCACAGCCCAGAGUGUAGCUGCUGGUUGAGAGUGAAAAACUGCUACUUGUUUUGAUGAAUCCUGAAUUAGAGACAGAAAUGAACUGCAAAUAACUUUAUUAAACAUUGUCUCUGUGCGAUUUAAUAUGUCUGGAUGAAUGGAACCCAGUAAGAGAGGCCUCAUAUAACAUAUCACUAUUAAAAAAAGAUUAAUUGUAGCUGGCUAACUGAGGUUGACUGAAAUAAAAGCCAGAAAUGCCUUGUAAUAAGUGAUACUUCUAGUUAUUUCCCCCAUGAUCGACAUUCCCUUUGUUUUUGUCUGGAUGAGAUUUGGUCAGUACAGCUGUUGCAAUUUGGGACUUCACUGUCUUGCAUCAAUCUUUAAGCUUGUCUGUCACAGUGUAUGAAAAUAUCAACUUUUCUGAUUCUCUUUUAUCACUUAAUAAAUGACAAGGCAUCCUCUG